ACGGGUUUACGGGAUUAGUUCCUCUCUGCCGAGAUAUCCAACGGGAAUCUAUCUCUGCCGCGGAGAGGGAGAGCCGGAUCAGCGUGUCAACUGACAACGCCAUGGCCUUCUCCGCUUUCUCAUGGCCGUUUCGCCGCCGUGGGAGCGGCGGCGGGGCUGGCGGCAGUGGCGCAAGUAAGUCCGCUGCCACGGCCGCGGAGGAGGAGGAGCUGGGCGUGACCCCGCAGCUGCUCGACUUCCUCCGGACGCUCUCGCCCGACGCCUUCAAGGCCGCCGCCCUCCAGCUCCAAGGAGGCUCCACGGAGGCGGCCGCCGGCGACCUCACCAGCUGGCAGGAGCGGCACGCCGUGCUCGUGCUGUCCAAAGCUAAGGAACUCGCCAAGAUUCGGUACGAUCUGUGCCCUCGGCACAUGAAGGAUAAGCAGUUCUGGAAGAUAUACUUCCUGCUCGCCAAGAGUUACAUCUCACCGUAUGAGCUACGCGCCAUACAAAAAGAAAAAAUCAGACGGAUGGAGACAGAAAACGGCAAGUCAAAAGAAGUGAUUACUGUUGAAGUGGAGAUGCAAGAAUCGAAAGGCAGUAGUCUCUCUCGAACAUCAGAAAGAGAUUUAGAAUCCCAAGUUUAGCUUUGUAGUUAUAGCUUCUAACAGGAUUUAGCUUAGGUAAUGCAAAGGAGUAGUCCUUUUAUGAUUCCUUCACAUAUCAAAUAGCUCCACAAUUCUUCAAAUGAUGCAUGGCUUGGAUCGACUCUUGCUAGACUCAGUCUGCUGUGUGCUUUUGUGUACUGAAACCAAGUUGUUCAGCAUAUGCUUGUUGGCUGUGCUCUGAUCCACUAACAUGUAAUUUUUAUCUUGCGUGUAAACAAAAACAGUGUGCGUUUCAUAUGACUUUUGCUUUUGUAAAUUGCGAUGUCUGUUCUACAUGUGUUGGGCACAUUUCUGUUAA